AUGGCACCCUACCACACAAUUCUUCUUGACGGAACACCCAGCCGAUUCGGGCGCUCUGCUGCUGAUCCACCAACUUGCGGGGGUAAUACGGGUCAAGCAUGCGUCCCUGUAACCACUGAUGCAUCAGGGAACACUCAUGUUGGCGAUUGGACAACUCAUGAUCCCACUGUCAUUCUCUUCAUUUCUGGUUCCUUACUUUUUGGUGCAUUGACCAGGUCUCUUCUGCGACGGUUUCAUCUUCCAAUCCCUUACACAGUGGUUAUGUUGCUGAUUGGUAUAUGUAUCGGCUUGCUGGCUGAAUAUACUCCAGGGGGCUACAUAAGGGCCUUUACUGGAAUGGCAAGGGGAGACCCACACAUUAUCCUCUAUGUGUUCUUGCCAAUUCUCAUCUUCGAGUCGGCCUUCCUUAUGGACUUCCACACCCUAGUCAAGUCGAUCCUGCAAAUCACUUUAUUAGCUGUACCAGGCCUCUUGUUGUCUACCUUUUUGACUUGCCUGGUACCGAUGUUCAUCUUCCAAUACGAUUGGGGCUGGGACGUUGGAAUGAUGUUUGGUGCUAUAUUAAGUGCCACUGAUCCUGUUGCUGUGGUAGCCUUGCUACAUGACCUGGGCGCUUCGAAACAGCUUGCCACAUUGAUUGAAGGGGAAUCCCUGCUGAAUGAUGGAGCUGCCAUUGUGUUGUUUUAUGUGUGUCUGAAUCUGGUAUUUUCUCUUCAUUUUCUAGGUGGCGAAAUCACAUUGUACUUCCUGCAGUAUGCUUGCUGCAGUCCUCUCUUCGGAUUUAUUUCGGGAAAAAUAUGCACCCUCUGGUUGUCAAAGAUCUUCAAUGAUGCGCUGACAGAGAUAACCAUUACACUGGGGUUCACGUAUUCCACCUAUUUCAUUUGUGAAUCUCUGUUCAAUUGGUCUGGAGUGUUAGCUGUGGUUGUCCUUGGUCUGGUUAUCAAUGCCGAGAGAACUGUCAUCAGUCCAGAAGUUGAAGCUUUCCUCCACAGAUUCUGGGAGAUGUUGGCCUACAUAGCCAAUACAUUGAUCUUUGUGCUCGUUGGGGUGGUGAUCGUAGAACAAGCCCUACCUGUCAUCACUCUGGAAGAUAUUCUAUUUGUUCUUGCACUUUAUUGUCAAAUCACAGUCAUAAGGGGUUUAGUGAUAGCCGUCUUCAGUCCAAUUCUAAGGAAAAUUGGCUAUGGUCUGACUUGGAAGAUGGGUGUUGUCAUGACUUGGGGUGGUCUACGCGGGGCUGUCAGUUUGACAUUGGCUUUGCUGGUUGCCCAUGACUUUGCUUUAGACUCAGGCAACAUUGGAAGUAAGAUCCUGAUCCACACAGCCUGCAUUGUGAUGUUGACAUUAGUUGUGAAUGCAACAACGACUCAAUAUCUCCUUAAAGCACUAGGAAUGAGUGAAAUCUCAGCCCCAAAACGAAUGGCAAUGGCAAGCGCCAUAAGAACCUUACAAGAAGUCAAACUUCGGUCAAUGAACGUGCUGAAGAAUGAUCGAUUCCUAGCCGAUUCGGAUUGGACGAUUGUUGAUGAGGGGACUACAGUGAAAGACCCGUACAAGACGAAUGAUGAGGAGGCAGAAAUGGAAACAUUGACGUACUUGCACCGCUUCAGCAAGUGUCCUGAAUGCAGUCAUGACGUUCAGAGUGAGCCCUCCGUGAAGGAGAAGGAGGAAAUGGAAGAAGAAGCAAGACUUCGCUUGCUUAAGGCUCAGAAGAUCAGUUACUGGAAGCAGUUCGAACAUGGGCUACUCUCCCAGGAGGCAGUGCGGAAACUGAUAGAUCAGACAGAAACUGUGGCCGACACACCAGGAACAUUCAUAAAUGUUGAGGAACUCAAGCAAACUUGGCAAGUCAGAGGAAUCUAUCAUAAAUUGAAAACUCGGCUUGAAAGAUGGAUUCAAACGGGCUCCAUGUUUGUCAUCCCUCCACCAAAGAACCGCCAUCUGAUGAGGGCAUACAGAAUUGUCGAGCACAUGGGAUUCGAAAUCUUGAUUUAUGUCAUUAUCAUGGUGAACUUGGCCCCAAUUAUAGCUGAACAAGUGAUCGAGACAUAUUACCAGAAUGACCCCAAUUUUCCCGCCUACACUUUGAUGUUUCAAAUCAUCAACAUCGUGUUCUUCUUCAUCUAUAUAGUGGAAGCGGUUCUGAAGAUGCUUGGCCAGAGAAAGUGGUAUUGGAAAAGCUUCUGGAAUUAUCUGGAUCUGGCCAUCAUCAUCAUCAAUCUGGUGGAUGUGGUAAUCGACAUCAGUUCAAUGUUAGAUGCAGAUCUGAUCACCUCCACAGCUCUCAUAUCACCAUCUUUCAUCAAGAUAACCAAGGUAUUCAAGUUCCUCAGGAUGGGCAGAGCGCUGAGACUUUUCAAGGCAGUCAUUCCUCAGAUUUUGGGAUUUCUAAACCGACGUAUCAAUGAACAGUUGAGCUUUGGCUACGAUGUUGGUAAAGGCUACGUAUUUGGAGAGGAGGAGGUCAGGAAACACAUUGAUUUGAUGGUGGACGACAAGGGCAUCGCCAAGAAUCUCAAAACGAUCAUCGACACUGGGAGGCUGAAUGUUGUCAGGGAGUUGGGAAUGCUUCAGCGUCAAAACCCAGGUAUAGCUGUAUCUGUGAAGACAAGGCAGGCCAUAAGGAACGUCUUGAAUACCAUGCGGGACAAUCUCACACAGCUAAAGGGUGAUGGUUUACUCGACGAGACUGAAGCAAGGAAACUUGAAGCUAAUCUGGAGGCCAAGAUGAAACAGAUCCAGAACCUGCCGUCCUGCAUCCCUCCGCCCCCACCAGAAAAGAUCCUCAACAGCAUCAGCUGGAUUGAAGAUGACCAAAAGGUUAUCGAAUAUAUGCAGUUGGGUGCCAGGCUCAUGACGUUCGACUAUGGCGACGACAUAAUAAAAAAAGGGGAUGUGCCCAAUGGAAUAUACAUCAUAAUAUCUGGAAUGGUCAAGGUAUACUCUGAAGAAUCUGAUAAGGACGAGGAAUAUGUGGAUUUCCUGACUGCAGGAAACGUCAUCGGUGAAAUGGGCAUCCUGACUUCGAAUCCAAGGAAUUGUACUAUCACAUGUGAAACAUCCACACAGUGCUACCACAUCCGACCAGAUGUAAUUAUUAAAGCCAUGGAACAGUUCAGUCAUCUUGAAGAUCGUCUCUGGCUGGUGUGUGCUGUCAGACUGGCCUCCGCGAUCCUGAUGAAGCAACCAAAAUAUCAAGGAUGGACCUUGGACAAAAUCAAGAUGGUUCUAGAAACGGCAUACCUGGCAAACUUGAAAGAUAAGCUGGCGUUUACGUACGAGUGGUACAUGAACGAUGUCAUUCUCAUAAAUGGUAUCUGUCUGAAUGCAAACACCAGAGAAGCUUAUCAAGGACCAUGCUACAUCAAGAGCACAAUCAACAAGCUCCUACUCGCCGCAGAGGAGAGUCCAAAACAUGUGAUCUUGAUCGUUCCAAACGAUGAUCCAGGACAGGCUGCCAAGCAUUCCUCUGGUAGACACUUGAAUUCGAUGAUCUGCACUGGCCACGGUUCACCAACUGGAAGCAGCCAUGACCUAGAGGGCGCCAAUGCUAGUUCGUUGUGUCUGCGGCAUGCUUCGCAACACAGGGUCGCACUCAAGCACAAGAUCAGCGAGGAUAAACUGAAGAAAAAUAUGAACAAGGAUUCUGCCCCAGAUCCUCUUCCACCUCAUCUGCAGAGACUUAGAGUGGAUAAACCAAGACCGUCCUUACCCCAGUUGACGAGUAGUGGCACAGCUGCAGCAGCAGUUGACCUGCACUCGGCUACCAGCCAAGGAACUGCUGUGAAUACACAUAAAGUAGUUGUGAAAAGUCGUGGCGAAAUGGCAAAAUCCUCCGGUCCUACAAAAACAGAUGACAAGGAUAAGAAAGCAGCUCCAUCAAGCAAGGAAACAAAGACUCUGUCACUUUCUAAACAUUUACCCCCACUUCAAGCACCCACAAAACCAGCCAAGGAAUUUCCCGAGGAUGAUAUGCCUGUAACUGUCAAUGUCUAA